CUCAAGUUAUUGGAAUAAAAGAUCCGGUAGAACUCUUAAAUACAAUUAAAGACCUUAAGAAAACUGAAAGUAAUAAUUCUUCAAGUACACUCAGAAGACUAUUACAUAAUAUGCAAUAUUAUCCAAAUAAAGAAAAAGCUUCAGAUUUUAUUGAAAAAUUUGAAGAUGUCGUUAGAAAUUACGGAAAUUUGUCUGGUAUUAAGCCACUGUCAGAACUUAAAAAGAAAGACGCCUUUUAUAGUGCUAUUAUGACCACCGUUCCUGAUGUUCAAUCAGUUGAAUUCAUGACAAUGUCUUCGACUGGUCAAGGGCUUAGUUAUGAAAAAUUAAAACUUUUCAUAUUACAAGCAGAAGCUAAUAAAAACCAUGCAACAGCGUCUGAGACUACAGGAACUGUAAUGCAAGCUCAUCAAGGACGUGAUUGCUUGGACAGAUGUUAUGAGUGUGAUGAUCUGGGUCAUAUAGCAAUUCAUUGUCCAUGGAGAGGGACAGGACUGAAAAAAUGUUAUGGGUGUGGGCAAGUGACCAACCAUAAAGCAGCUGACUGUCCCUUGAAGAAAACAAAACAAUCACAUGGUGAGAGAGGUAGAGGGUGUAGCCGUGGUUUCGCCAGAGGACGUUUUAACGCUAUGAGAAGGUCGAAAGCUUUCCAAAAUACUGGAAAACAAAAUUGGAAACGGAAGAAUAAUAAUGAGAGAGGCGGAGAUGCGAAAAGAUUUAAAUCCAAUCGAGGAAGAGGAGGUUAUAAAAAUUUCCGAAACAAUGAUAAGAGGAUUCCACAGAAGUCAAAGGAGAAAGACGUAGGUGCGAAUUUCACUGAAACUAAACAAGAUAAAGGAAAAUAAACUCAAAGACUCACCGGAUAGCCAUUGUAUUAUUCCGCCUUAAUAAUAUUAAUUGAAUAAUUAUUAUCAUUAU